AUGGAGGAAUCAAUGCCCCGCGGGGAGAUCAUCGGGGUUGUGAUUGGGGGUGUAGUGAUAUUUGCCCUGAUCAGCAUGAUUCCGUUAGCCAUCAUCUGGUGUCGCCGACGGGUCAAUCGCGAGGCUUCAUUGAAUCGCAACGAGUGGAGGCUCGGGAAUCAACAGACCCAACAACUGCCCCUGCAGGAUGUCUUGGGCCAUCCAGUCUCGGUGGAUCGAUGGCUGGAAGAACAGAAUGUGCCCACCAAUAUCCAGCAAUAUGGCCAAGACACUUGCUCUAUUUGCCUCUGUGCAUUGUCACUUUCGUCGCCGAUCUAUCCGACCUCUCCACAUCCAGCCAUUCUAGCCCGGGGUCGACGCCCUAACUCCCCAAUUGAGGUCGAGGAUCCCCAUGCACGCGCGGCCCUGGACCCUGGCCACGAGCCCAUCGUGUUGAAUCGAUGCAAGCAUGCAUUCCACCUGGCAUGUCUAAGAUCUUGGUUUGAGUAUCGUCGGUACAAGUGCCCGAUUUGCCAAGCUUCGUAUUCGCCCGAGGAGGAGGCAAGCGGAUCAAGACCCUCAUCUUGA